UUCACGUCACAUACGGUCAAUGUUGAAUUUUUAUCCCGUGCCGAAAUAAACAGUAUCUGAAAGUAGGCCAUGGCGAAAAAUAGUCUAUUUUACACGCUAUUAUUUGGUGCACCCGCUAAUAGGUCGUGUUUGUUUAACCAAUAAGCUGGAACAAUGGAAAUCGUGGACGUAGAAGACGGGCAACCCGACGUUGCCGCGACUAGAAAGAAAAGUUUGUGGUCUAAAAUAAACAACAGGACGGCUUACAGUUAUUUAGUUAAUAUUGCUAUAUCAACGUUACUCCUCACUUGUUUAGUUCUAGUUCUUUAUUUCUUCAAGGAGUACUUAAAAACUAUUUUAUACUGGGUAGAUGCCCAGGAUCCCAAGAUUAUAUUUUUACUGUUUAUGGGACUGUUUUUGAUAGUGAGUUUCCCGGUGACAAUUGGUUAUUUAGUGUUGAUAAUUACAAGUGGAUAUUUGUUCGGGAUCCUGAAGGGUUUGGGGACCGUGGUAGUGAGUGCGAACUUUGGAGUGGCGGUGGCUCAUUUCACUUUAAAAAUGCUGAGAGCGUAUCUGCCUCUUGACCGCCUUCUCAAGAACGAGACGGCGAGAGCGCUCUUGAAAGUGAUAUCGGGGCCUCAAGCGUUCAAGAUAGUAUUCUUUGCAAGGCUCACUCCAAUACCUUUUGGACUUCAAAAUACAAUAUUUGCCGUAAGUGACGUCAGAGGCUGCGGCUACCACCUAGCCACAUUGCUGGGUCUGCUGCCAGCGCAGGUCAUCAACGUGUACCUGGGCUCGACUCUGAGGUCUAUGCACGACGUCCUCCACGAGUCGCACGUCACAGGAUACAUCGUAUUUGCGUUUCAGAUACUGAUCGGCAUUACGCUCAUGGUGUGGGUGGUGCAAAAGGCGCGCAAGGAGCUGACGAUAGCCAUCAUGGCCGCAGAGUUAGGCCGCGACACUUUAUCUACAAGCAGCUCGUCUAGCUAGCAAACCGCCCCCUCGUCUGAUGCAGACGUCGCCGUCACCAGCUAGGGGCUGACCACCGGGUGCUGCGCCCGGCAAUGUGAGACUUUUGUAUAGCGGCUACAGCCCUAAUUACACUGUUUUUAAAGUUCGAAGCUAUGUGAUAUAGAUCCCACUUCUGAUAUGGAUAGUGCCAGUGUCAGAUAGGGGUGACAAAACAUGAGACUUUGUAGAGCGUCUAUAGGGAUAGCUAGACUUCAGUUCUAGUUCUAGUUUAACUAGUUGGAACUGAGGAGCCAUACCGAUCCUAUUUCUGAUUGAGACUGUGCAAUUGAGACUU